AUGCGUGCACGUUUAUAUUUGAAUGGAGAUGGAAAUGCUCGUCGUACACAUAUGUCUCUUUUUUUUGUGCUUAUGCGAAGUAAGCAUGAUGGUCUCUUGAAGUUCCCCUUCAACUACAAGGUAACAUUUUGUUUAUACGAUCAAACACCGGCACAACGACAUAUCAUCGAUUCAUUUCGUCCUGAGAUUAGAUCGAAUAGUUUCCAGCGGCCACGAUCCGAAAUGAACAUUGCAAGUGGUAUUCCAAAGUUUUUUCCGUUAGCCAUGAUUCAACAAGAGGGAAAUCCAUUUGUUCGAGAUGAUACAAUGUUUAUCAAAAUUAUGGUCGAUUUCGGAGAUAUGCCAAAAACUUUAUUGCCAUAUGCACUGAGUCUCAAUCCUGGGUUGCCAACUAAUGUCCAUCAGACUAUGAUUAAACAAGAAGCCGAAAGACGGACUCAUCAAUCUGACACUCAACCAGCUGCACCAUUACAACGUAAUGAGUGA